AUGUCCUCACACGAUAUCCACGAUAAAGGGCCCUGGGCCGCACAGAAGGUCCUUCUCCUUUGGGGACCGAACAUGCUCAUGUUCACGGUUCAUCUGAGCCACGCAGAAUUCGUCAAAGCGCUGCACACCGAGAAGCAUGUAUUUGUGCGGCCUCGAAUCGCAAGACCUCUCUACUUUGCGCUGAGCACCGUUCUCUUUCUCAUGGUGUUUUCCAUCGUCAUGCUAGUGGCCACCUCCGACGAGAGCAAGAAAACCCUAUACAAGACGCUGGUUAAUGCCAGUCUCAUCACCCAGCUCAUCUUCUGGCUUCUGACAUUCGUCGAAAACGUCUGGCUGAACUUCCGUCUGCGGCGGCACCCGACCACCGAAAGUCUCGAGAUGAUACCCAAUUGGAAGCGCUGGAAUUAG